AUGUCAUACAAGGACAAUCAAUAUAAUUCUUUCUUGACUACCCUGUACGACAACGAACAUCAACAAACAUUUGAGCAGCAACAAUUACAACAACAACGACAAGAGCAACAAGAGCAAGAGCAAGACCUGUUACAGCUACACACCCAGCAAGAUCAACGAUUUCAGAAGCGAAAGACGAUGCAAAACAAUAACCAACAAACAAGACUUUACCAACCAACGCCUUUGCAACAGCUGCAACCGAUUACCAUUGAAACUACUCCAACUUCAAACUCCCAACACUACAAACACACUAGUGCUUCUCGAUGUCCUCAAACGCAAGAUGAUAACCAAAGCGUGACUUCCAAUAGCACCGAGCCCCACCAAAGUCCAAACUCAAUGCAAUUACUCAAUAACAAAAUUGACUUUGAACCACAACAACUGAAUCUGCAACAACAGCAAUAUAAUGUCAAAUUGGAAGAUAAUCUGUGCUUUGCAUAUAACCCAACACCAGGUUCUGAAAGCUUACUCAAAAUAGGACAACAGAACAAUUUGGAUGAUGGUUCUCACAAUCACAGGUGUUCUGACUUUCCCGUUGAUUUCGAUUUUGGACUUAAUCCUUCAUUCCCGCAAUACAUGACAAAUGGAAGAGCCAAAGCAUUAAGCUUACCUUCAUCAACAUCAAUCUCCAAUGAAUAUAAUGCUAGUAAUUUAAUUUAUCCUGAGUUACCAAGUAAUACUGAAUACGUGGAUGAUACUAAUGUUGCUUCAUUUGGCAAUGCCACCACUGAUGCUGCAACUAUCAUCAAUUAUAAUCAGUUGGAAACAGACUUGCCUAUGCAAGGCAAUGAGUUUCAGCAACAAAAUUUUAUGGGAAAUGGUACAUUAUUAUUUAGACCCAUUGGAAUGGUUAGACACAGUUAUGAGUCGACUAUGGUGGAAAAUAAUGGGAUGAUGGGUGGCCCACAACAACAGCCACAGCUGCAACCCCAACAACAAUCACUCCAAUCACAAUCAUCCCAACGUGUUUCUCCUCGCACUCCUUUGGGAUCGCCUUUAACUGUACAAACUACACCCGCCAACAAUAGUAUAUGUAGUCAGAUGAAUGGAGAGUUAAUGACGAGCAUUGAUGCAACAAUGACAAGCAUCAAUAAUGGUACACAACAACCAGGUGACCUUUCAAGUAAUGGCAGUUUAGAUGAAGAUUCAAACAACAGUUUCCAAGCCCAUACCCCCAUUGGUGGACUCAACAUGUCAAAUUCUUCAGUUUCUUCAGCUUCGGUAUUAUCAUCCGUUCAGCCCAAUGGCAUUGCCACAAUGACCAAAUCGAGAUUACAAAACUUCCGUCCCCGCAGUAAAUCGCCCUCAUUAUCACCAUUGACUAAUGAGUUGAAACAGUUGCCAACAACACCGUCUGCGCAACCACCUGUUUCGAGGACAACAUCAAUCAAUAGACAAAAGAGAAGGAAAUUACCUAAAAGUAACGGUAGUGGUAUUGUUGUCAAACAAGAAGCUGAUACCAUGGAAUCAUCCUCCUUGUCAUUUAUGCCAUCUCAAGUUACACCCGAUCCAACACCAGCAGCAUCCACCACAACCUCGUCGUCUUUUGCAACAGCUUUGGCUACAUCCACCGCUUCAAACGCCAGUAUUUUACGAAGAAGCCAUUCAGGACGUCCUCGAGUCAAAUCAGCCCAUAAUGUAAUUGAACAGAGAUAUCGCAACAAAAUCAAUAACAAAUUCAAUGCCUUACAAGAAUCAGUACCUGCACUCAAAGUAUUGCUAUUACGCAAAUUGCAAGAAAAACAACGAUUGCGACUCCAACGACAAAAUGGAGAACUAUAUGAUCCAACUACUUACAAUGGAGAAGGAGCUGGAGCACCCGGCGAAGACAGCUUAUCUGAUAAUGAUGACAUGAAUAGUACAUAUGAUGGAAUCGACAUGCUGAUUCUUGACGAUAAAGAAAUUGAAAAUAUUGAUUUAGAAGGUUUAGAACCAGCCAGAAAACUAAACAAGGGUACCAUAUUAGCUAAAUCAAUUGAAUAUAUUAAGUUUUUGGAAUUGAAAAACGAACGGCUAAAACUGGAUCAUGAGGCGUUAUUGAAUAAAGCUAAAAUGUUGGGAGUUAAUUUUGAUGAUGGGGAUUCAAAUAUGGGAUGA